AGCCGGCCGCAGGCGCGCUCCCUGCCCCUGACCUGUGAGAGCGCCCCAGCGGGGAGCCCGGGGAUCGGCAGCGCCCGCUGCAGCAUCAAACACCUCAUCUUCCGCGAGGGGGCCCAGAUGACCUUCACGGCCACCUUCGACGUCUCCCCCAAGGCCCAGCUAGGAGACCGGCUACUUCUGACGGCCAAUGUGAGUAGUGAGAAUAAUUCCCCCAGGACCAGCAAGAGAACCUCCCAGCUGGAGGUCCCCGUGAAGUAUGCUGUCUACUCGGUGAUCAGCAGCCAUGAAGAGUCCACCAGGUAUCUCAACUUCUCGGCCUCAGGGGAGAAAGAAAGCAGCAUGGUCCAGCACAGAUACCAGGUCAACAACUUGGGUGCCAGGGACCUGCCCAUCAGCAUCAACUUCCUGGUUCCUGUGGAGCUGAACCAGGUGUCUGUGUGGACAGAUGUAGAGGUCUCCCACCCCCAGAACCUGUCUAUUCAGUGCUCUUCGGAGAGAAUAGCACCCACAAAGUCCAACUUUCUCGCUCACAUUCAAGAGAACCCUGUGCUGAACUGUUCCAUGGCUGACUGCCUGCGGUUCCGCUGUGACGUUCCCUCCUUCGGCAUCCAGGAGGAACUUGACUUUAUCCUGAAGGGCAACCUCAGCUUCGGCUGGAUCAGCCAGACAUUGCAGAAGAAGGUCUUGGUCGUGAGUGUGGCUGAAAUCACGUUCAACAGAUCUGUGUAUUCCCAGCUCCCAGGACAGGAGGCGUUUCUGAGAGCCCAGGUGGAGACAGUGCUGGAGGAGUACGAGGUCCACAACCCGGUACCCCUCAUCGUGGGCAGCUCUGUGGGGGGCCUGCUGCUGCUGGCUCUCAUCACAGCCACCCUGUACAAGGUUGGCUUCUUCAAACGUCAGUACAAGGAAAUGAUGGAGGAAGCACAUGGACAGACUGCCCCAGAAAAUGGAACACAAGACCCCCCCCAAGUUGCCCAAUAAUAAACUACCUCCUGCUCUCUCUAGGACCUGCUUUCUCCUGGAGGUUUCCUGGCCCUUUUGCUCUCACCCAGGUCAGGCCUGAGGAGGAAGAAAUGUUCCACAACAGGGAGGUGGGGAUCAGGCUUCUUUCUCUCUUUGGGAGGAUACAGUUUACUUGCACAAAAUGUUUUGCUUGGGAAGGGCCAUUUGUCUGUCAAGACUCCACCUAGAAACCCCUGGAUGGGUCCUGGCCACACAUCUUAAAGGACUUGACUUGGAAUUUCUACCUAGAUUUACACUGACAAUAGUCUCAGUCUCCCGUCUCCCUUCCUCCACUAGCAGCCAAUGAUCUUUCUAAAAUACAGCACUGAAUGAGCCCCUUAUCCUCACCCAUUUUCAGUGACUCCCCAUGACUCGCAUGAUAACAUCGGAACUAUUCUGCUUGAUGUUAGGAAACCUGUUCCAUUUUCAGAAGAUGGGCUUUGGAGCACACAGCAUAAAACUUUCUGAGCCUCUCUGUCUCCCUCAUUUCUAGUAAAGUACUGUCAGGAUCAGCUCUUAACUUUGUCUUGGAAAUCUCAGUCCAGAUUUCCCAAAUAGAGUUGGGAAUGAAAUGCCUGCACACUGGAAUUUGUAAACUUGGCCUCCAACAUUGGCUACCAGUGCCAGCUAUGAGUGAAGAGUGCCCCCCCCUUUCCUGCCAGGAGGGGCAUUGGCCCAAUGCCACUUGGGCUCACUCAGCUCCAUGGUCUCUUAGAGAACAAUAGAGGCUCAGGCCACUCCCACUUUUUGAGGCUUUAACUAUAGUAAAUGAAUAAAUGCCAGAACAUGAUUAUAAAAAUUGUGCAUGUAAAAUAUUUGCA